AAAUCUCGACACUCGCCCGUGAAAUCUAACAACAAAAUUACAACAUGACGAAACAUCACUAUGAUACGCAUCAUACUGAAAAAUACCUAAUGCUCAUGCAUAGAAAUUGAUAUAAGCAAUAUUUCGUCAUGUUUUUGAUAUUGGGUAAAAGUUCGGGAAACACGGCGUAUAUUAUAAAUAGAGAUGCUUCUCUGUGCUCCGCAGGUUCUCCAUAGAACGGAGCGCCACACUGAUGAACGAUCUCGGAAUGCGGCUAAUUGAUGAACUUUGGAAUAUUAUAAACAUAUCACAAGGACUGGAUUCACAGCCACAUCGCUGACAGUUUCGUCGUGUACAACCUAUGUAGCCAUAACAUAUGAGACGUGACACACCAAAACAAGGGAUUUGCUCUACUUGUUUUGCAGAGCCCGCCAUCAGUACAGAGAGCGCGUGCCGUUUUUAAUGGCGGACUGAAUUAGACUUGAGUGACAGGCUUGUUUGUAAAUCGUUGCUGUGGUUUUACGACCCUAAUCUGAAGGCCAUCAAAACAGUCAACCUUGGUAUUUUUAAUAACCAGAUGUAGAGAACAGCACAAAAAAUUACAACAUGAAAAUAAAUCCCGGCCUGCUCUUGGUGGCAGUUGUGGUUGUUUGGUCAACAAAUCCAAUACAAGCUCAGAAUGACAUGCCUGUCGCCGUAACAUUGACAACGCGACUAGGGGACAUAACUGGCUUCAGAGACAAUAGAAAUGCCAGGAUUUUUUACAACAUUCCCUAUGGAAAAUCCCCGACUGGAAGUCGGAAGUUCGCUAAACCGGAGCCAUUUGGGAAAUGGACCGAACAAAGAAAUGCAAUGACACCUUCACCGAUGUGUCCUCAACCUAAAUCCGAGAUCAACGAAGCCUUGGGAUUUAAAAUGGAAGAAGAUUGCCUUAAACUAGAUAUUUACACCCCCGUCAACAUACAUGUAGAAAGAAAACUGCCCGUGAUGGUGUGGAUACAUGGUGGAGGUUACGUGGCAGGUGGAGCUGUCACUUACGACGGAAGUGCAUUGGCUAAGACUGGCAAUGUGGUGGUGGUGACCAUUAACUACCGCCUGGGACUAGGGGGAUUCCUUUCCUUUGGUGACUCCAUUGUGAAGGGAAACUUUGGGAUUUGGGAUCAAAUAUUGGCUCUUCGAUGGGUUAAAGACAAUAUCGUUGAUUACGGGGGCGAUCCUAACGAGGUGGCAAUAUUUGGAGAAUCGGCUGGUGGAAUGAGCGUAUCGCUACUUUCUCUUAUUCCAUUUAACAGGGGUUUGUUUAAGCGAGCAAUAAUGCAGAGUGGUGUGGCUAAUUCCCUGUUUGCAUUUCAAUACGGACCACCUGAAUUACAUAGAGCAACCGGGAAGCUUCUUGGUUGUCCUUAUCAAGAGGUGGAUCCAAGAACUUCGUUAGAAUGUAUGCGCCAACUCAACAUUUCCACCAUCUUGAAUGUAACGACAGCCAAAGCUGUUGAAUCAUCCUCAGCCAGGCUUAUGUUCGGGCCAGUUUUAGAUGGUGAACUAUUCAAAAGGCCUAUCAUGGAAAUUUUUGCAGACGACAGAUCCGAGGAACUUGAAUUUUUCCGUUCCUUGGAUGUUAUGGUCGGAACAACAGAUAGCGAUGGUUCUUUCCUUUUAAGAUUGGGCGCAACCUUUCAAUCCGAAUAUGGAUACAAUAUUUCUAAUGAAGGUCUACCACAUCAAGUUUUUUGUGACGUGAUAAUUCCGAGUUUAUCUGCUGAUUAUUAUAAUGGAAAUCGCGAAGUCUCCAACGCCCUAUGUAAAACGUACGGCAGGGCAAACGACCAGGCCGAGAACAGUCGUCAAGCAGUCAAGAUGCUCGGAGACAUUUUCUUUCUUUCUCCUGCUGUGAAAACCCUAACUGUUCAUGCCAGUAACAAUACAAGAGCUAAGUCGUACCAAUAUGUGUUUUCCGAAUGGAGAUUGCCGUUCUCCUUUGAUGCGAACGUUUUGCCGCCGUGGUUUGAAGGCGCGGGUCAUGCCACGGAACUGAUCUAUCUGUUCUUCUUAGAAUCCUUGAAGCUUGUUAGACCUAAUAUAACUAUCACUGCGACUGAUUACGAACUUGCAACGAAGAUGCGCACCCAAUGGACAAAUUUUGGGAAAUACGGGAACCCCAAUGGACUGGACCCUGUCAGAGAACAUUGGCCAUCAUUUGAAUCUAACGGAAGACGCUUCCUGCAGUUGAGCAAAAAUAACAUGACAGUUGGAGAGAACUACAGGGGCGAACACGUCAAUUUUGUAUUGAACACCGUCCCCAACAUUCUCCGUUCCACGAGCUCAGCCGCGUUCUUCAUAAAAAAUCACAGUCCGUCAUUAACAGUUGUCCUGGUGGUAUUCAUUCAAAAAAUGUCCACUGGAUUUUGUUCGUAAAUUACAUCAUUUGCAUAAAUUGUAGACUGAUUUGUAAAUUACAUUGUUUGUAUUUGCAUAUAUUUUGUGAUUUUUAGCAUGUACAAUGUAUUUUGUGAUUUUUUUUUAGCAUGUAUGUCUAAUAAAUAUGUAAUACUU